UUCCUAUUCGGCAUCGCUUCCAACAAUUAGCACACAAACAGACUCAAGGUGUUGUUGCAUGAGUAAGAUAGAUUAAUUCAAUAAAGCAAUAAUGAGUUGCAAUGGCUGCAGAAUUCUUCGAAAGGGUUGCAACGAGAACUGCAUUCUCAGACAAAGUCUCUGUGCCAUCGAAAGUGCUCAAGCUCAAGCCAACGCCACUUUGUUCGUUGCCAAAUUUUUCGGCCGUGCCGGCCUUAUGUCCUUCCUCUCCUCCGUCCCUGAGCACCAACGACCUGGUUUAUUUCAGUCUUUACUGUUCGAAGCCUGCGGCCGGACGGUGAAUCCAGUGAACGGAGUAGUCGGACUGCUGUGGACAGGAAACUGGCACGUCUGUGAAUCAGCUGUAGAGACGGUGCUCCGAGGUGGAAGCAUACAUCCCAUGCCGGAGCUAUUUUCAUUCGGAUCUACUCAAGUGACAACGGAAAGCGACAAUGCAUCAGAAGCUAUCAACUGCAACUUUGAUGAAGCUGCUAAACUGAACCCGGAGGAUCUCAAACUUGGAAUUACUGGAUCCGCUUUCAUGACUGAUGCUAGAAGGAGCUCCGGCGACGGUGGAAGUAGUAAUCAGUGGACGGAAAAGCUGAUAAAGGUGACAUCUACAGAUGUAUCUGAAACGACGACGUUGGAGAGCAGUAGCCGUUCAAAUUGUAGUGAAAAGAAGCUUCUGAGACUUUUCUUGUGAUAAGAGCAAUGAAUUAUGGCCAAUG